AUGGCAUAUGAAAUUAUCGACUAUGAUCUCGAAAAAGAAAAAAUACGAGAUUUCUUGACAACAUUUUCCUGCAAAGAAAAUGAUUCACAAAUAUUUCCUUACGAUAAGCAUAUUGCUCGACUUACCGAACGAGAAGAGGUUCCUAUAUAUAUCAAUAUGGAUGAUGUAAAUGAAUAUGAUCCUGCACUCUAUGUUGCUAUUCAGCAAAAUACUGGACGUUAUCAUAUGCUUUUUGGUGACAUAAUAGACUCUUUGAUCCAACAAAAGCUAGGUGACAGACAGCCACCUGUUCGAGACGCCUUAGAUGCAUUCAUAUUUCAACGAAUUUAUAUGGAUAAAAAACAGGCCCAGAAUAAGGAAGAAACAGAUGCUGCUACAGAAACAGUAGCUACAAAUGAAGAUUCACGAAAAAAAUACCCUCCUCAGUUAUUACGUCGAUUCGAAGUAUACUUCAAAGGAAGCUCGUUAAAUAAGCCAUUGUCAGUUCGUGAAGUGAAGGCAGCUCAUGUUGGCAAGCUUGUUACAAUAACAGGUAUCGUUAUCCGAGCUACAGAAGUUAAGCCAAUGGCUUCUGUUAUGACGUAUACUUGCGAUACUUGUGGUUGUGAAACAUACCAGCCAAUAAUAGGACCAGCUUUUAUGCCAGCACUUAGUUGUCCGUCAAAAGAUUGUGUCGAAAAUAAAGCAAGAGGACGCUUACAAAUGCAAAUUCGUGGAUCAAAGUUUAUGAAAUUCCAAGAAAUACGGAUCCAAGAACUUAGCGAACAAGUUCCUGUUGGUAGUAUACCCCGCUCUUUGAUUAUUAAUGUUACUGGAGAAAACACAAGAGCAUGUAUACCAGGAGAUGUUAUUCGAGUUUCCGGCAUUUUCGCUCCCUUGAUGAGAACUGGUUUCCGACAACUUACUGGUGGCUUGACGACAGAAGUUUUCAUCGAAGCUCAUCAUAUAGAAAAUAUCAAUAUGGUUUCCAUUAUUUUAUUGAAACGUAUUGUAGAAAAUAAGAAUUUGAUUCAUAAUGGUGAUAGCAUUAUUGGAGAGCAGUACGAGCUGACAGAUGAAGAAGUAGAGUUGGUUUCACAGGAGAACUUUUAUGAGGUGUUAGCUUACAGCAUUGCUCCAGAAAUAUAUGGUCAUUUAGAUAUCAAAAAGUCAUUACUACUUGCACUGGUUGGUGGAGUUGACAAAAAUGUCAGCGGGAUGAAAGUCAGAGGUUGUAUUAAUAUUCUCUUGAUGGGUGAUCCAGGAGUAGCCAAAUCGCAGCUUCUGUCUUACGUUAAUCGAUUAGCAGUCCGAUCGCAAUAUACGACAGGACGUGGUUCCUCAGGAGUUGGCCUUACGGCCGCUGUAAUGAAGGAUCCUAUCACGGGUGAAAUGACGUUAGAAGGCGGUGCAUUGGUCUUAGCUGAUCAAGGCAUUUGUUGCAUUGAUGAAUUCGAUAAAAUGAUAGACGCUGAUCGAACAGCGAUACAUGAAGUCAUGGAGCAACAAACGAUUUCAAUAGCUAAAGCAGGAAUUCUGACUACACUUAAUGCUCGUGUUUCAAUAGUUGCUGCUGCAAAUCCGUCAUUUGGACGUUACAAUCCAAAGAGGAGUAUAGAGCAUAAUAUUGAUCUUCCUGCAGCUCUUCUUUCACGUUUUGAUCUUCUGUGGCUUAUUCAGGAUCGACCAGAUCGUGAGAAUGACAAGCGUCUUGCGGAACAUAUUACAUUUGUUCACAGAAAAGGACGCGAACCAGAGAAGGAUGGUAUGAAGCCGCUAGAAAUGAAUUUGAUCAGGCGAUACAUUGCAAUCUGCAAACGGAAACAACCUAUUGUUGAAGAGAAGAUGUGUGAACGUCUUGUUAAUAUGUAUGUAGAUCUUCGUAAGGAUGCACGAAAUAAUAAGAAUUCUACAUUUACAUCACCCAGAAGUUUGUUGGCAGUUAUCCGUUUAAGUUCAGCACUGGCUCGUUUACGCCUUUCCGAUACAGUGCAAUCUAGUGACAUCGAUGAAGCAGUCCGGCUUCUUGAGGCUUGCCGAUCUUCGGUCGAUGCGGAGCAACACAAGCAGCAGCGUGAAAUUCCUCUUUUAGAUCAGGCUUUUGCUGUGAUACGUGACUUGUACCAGGGCACCAGAAGCAGUUCCGACCGCGGUCUUCCUUUACAAGCGGUUUUAAAAAAAUGUGUCUCCAAAGGAAUCCCUGAAAAAGCUUUACAAGAGUGUGUCGAAGCUUACACUGCUAACGGAGUACUAAUGGUUGAUCGUCAUCAACGGAUCAUUCUCACCUGUGCGUAA